AAUCGAGAGCACCCACUUCCGGUUCCGAUGACGUCGCCGCUCGUUGACAAAGAGUACCUCAAAGAAAUCGACAUGGCUCCAAGGCUCGACGCGAUCUCCGCGCUCUCAUUUACAGCCGAAGUUGCGCUCCGAUCAUGCUCCGCUGGGCGUGGCACGGUGGUGGGACCUACGAUGCCAAGACGAAGACGGGUGGGCCGAAUGGGUCGAUUCGGAAAGAGGAAGAGUACUAUCAUGGUUCCAACAAUGGCUUGAAGAAGGCUAUUGAUUUUUGUGAGGAAGUGAAGUCUAAGCAUCCAAGGAUUACAUAUGCAGACCUAUACCAGCUUGCGGGUGUUAUUGCAGUUGAGGUCACUGGAGGCCCCGUCAUUGAUUUUUCUUCAGGCAGGAAGGAUUCUAAAAUUUCUCCUACGGAAGGACGACUUCCAGAUGCUAAACGAGGUGCACCACAUUUGAGGGAAAAGUUUUGUAGGAUGGGGUUGUCUAACCAGAAUAUUGUUGCACUAUCUAGGGAUUAUACUGGGAAGGGCACAUCCAGAUAGAUCUGGUAUUGAUAGUUCGUGGACUAAGGAACCUCUGCAGUUUGUAACUCAUACUUUGUGUAAGACUUGAAAAAUUGGUGAAAAUCUAUCAUUUUAUGUCAUUAUGCUUGCGUGUGGUUAUGAACAUUUGUUGCUACUCAUUGUUGACAUUGAACUGUUGAACGAGGAAUCAGAGGGGUUGUUGAAACUUCUGACAGAUGCAAGCUUUAGUGGA